AUGAUCGGGACCACUAAUUUGCAUCCCAAUAAAGUCGGCUGUCUUAUCGCCGGUCGAUACCUGAUCAAUAAAAUGAUUGACUAUGGAGUCAUGGGAGCCGUAUACGAAGUGAAAGAUCACAAAGAAAAUGAUCUGAAAGCUGUGAAACUCGUCCGUACAAAAAACAAGAAGAACCAGGCCGAACCGACGUUGAAAUCGGAAAUUGAAAGCCUCCGUCGGCUUUACGGCCAAGAGGGCAUCUCACUUCUCCACAGUGUUGAAACACUGGAGAAUUUCACUGUUCUCGGCGAGUUUUAAUAUGAUAUUUGAACUUGAUAAUGAUGUCAUUUUCAGUACUGAGACUCGAAGGAAAGUCGCUGCGACGUGUGAGAAAGGCAAACGAGCUUCAACGUUUCCAGCCGAAGACAGUUCAAUUACUUGCCCUGUCGGCUCUCAAGGCGGUUCAGACGAUCCACAAGUUCGGAAUCCUGCACACCGACAUCAAAGAGGCCAACUUCACCCUCCCUCUGGAGAACGUGAGUGAUCUGUGUCUAGUAAUGGUUUUACAGUAUGGGUUUGCAGGAGCCUAGACUCGUUUUGGUCGACUUUGGCCAAUCGAUCAAAGUCAUCGACGACAACGGCGAACGCAUUAAGUACACCAAAGGAUCGUCCGUCCAAAAAUCCGUUCUCGGAUCCCUUUCUGUGAACAACGGAGGAGAACAAACAGAAGCCGACGAGAUGAUCAUGUUUGGCUAUUUCGUCCUACAGCUGGCUGGAUACGACAUGGCGCAAGCCAGACCUGGUGGAAGUGCUGAACGACAAAGAGCGAAAGUCGAACUGGUUGGUUGCAAUUUAAUUGCAAUUAAUAAUAAUGCGAGAUUUUUUCAGAGAGACACUCCAGAAACGCUCCUCCUCUACGAUCAACGUUUUCUGUGCUCGGUGCUCAGAGUGCUCCAUGCCCAAGUCCCCGGAAAAGCAGUCGAUUACAAUGCUAUUCAGCAGGCGAUCAUCGGAUGCACGGAGUACGACCCAAAUUACAGACUCGGCUGGAAGGUCCUCAAGGACACCUGGACUUUCGACUAA